GCUGUUACACAGCGCGGGCAGCAGCGCCACAAGCUCGUAGUCGCAACGCCCCCAUCCCGGGCAGCCAAAAACAGGCAACGAAACGAUGCCCGCCUACUACGGCCGUGCGCGGCGCGACUACGAGCCCGACGUCGUCUACGUCGAGCCCCGGCGCCGUAGCUACGACUAUGACGAUGACCGGCGCGCGCCGCGCGAGAGUGAAAGAGAGCGCGAGCUCCAGGACGAGUUGAGAAGAACGCGCCGCGCGCUGCUCGAGAUGCGCCAGGAGCGGGCGGCCGUCGACGUCGCCGAGCGGCCGCGCUUCGUGGCGAUGUCGCCGAAGAGACGCGGCGACGCCGUCCAGGGCUUUGCCGAGCGUCGAGAUGACUAUGAUGAUGAGGAAUUUGUCGUCGUCGAGCGGCGCCGGCGCGACGACGACGUCUUUGCGGAGCGGCGGCCGCGCGACGACCCGGUGGUCGUGUGGCAGGCGCCGCGGCGGUAUGACGACGAGGACGAGCGCGACGAUUCAAGGUUAGCGCCGCUGCCGCGGCGGGACUGGUUCCACGACGGCUACUCGCGGGAGUCGAGACGGUACCCGGGCUCGCGGCGCCAGCGCUACUCGCAGGAGGGCUGGCGCGCGCCCCGCGAGGACCGGAGCGACACCGCGCAGUGGGAGUGGUGCGGAAGGGUGGUGCGCGCGGCGCCUCCAUUACCUCCACGCGUGGAACCGCCGCGCGUGAAAAGUACCCGUCAAAGGCAGGACGAGGCCGUCGAGCGGCUGGAGAAGCUCUGCGUCCAGGCCGACGAGCGCGCGAAGCGCGCCGAGGAGCGCCAGGAGGCCCUCGCGAAGGAGCUGCGCGAGACGCGGCGCGACUUGGAACAAGUCGCCGCGGCCGCGGGCACGCCGGUCAAGAAGCCGGUCGAGGACGAGGUCGUCGACGUGGACGAGUUGAAGAGAGAGAACGAGGCCCUCAAGGCGAAGCUCGCGGAGGCCGAGGCGAAGGCGGCCGCGGCGAUCGACGCGUGAAUAACACGAAGUCUCUUAGCACACACUA